AACGAGACCGAUCACCGAUAUAGUGUUAAUAUAUCCCCGAUGCACUUCGCGCCGGGCUCGCAGAACCCUACAGACUGUAUAUUCAUGUAUUUAACCAGUUGAAAGGAAAGAUAAAUAUCACACAACAUAUGUUUCGACUUAUUCAACGGUUGAAACCUCCCCAGCUAAGAAAGAGACAUAUAUUAAAUCCCUACGUUCACACGCGACUCGCUUCUAACAUGUCUGUCGAUGCUUCCACUAUCGUCACUAAUGACUCUGUGAUAACGAGCAAUCCUCCAGGGAAAGUGAAUGCUGUAGUAGUCCUACUAGGAUGGUUAGGGGCCACACACCGUCCACUUGGCAAGUAUGCUGAGAUGUAUCAAAAGAGAGGGUGUGUGACUAUUGCCACUACAGCCCCGGCCGGGUCGGUCAUGUUUCCUGGCACGAGUGCCGUGCGGGAACUAGCAUCAUCCGUAUUAAAUGAGGCAGCCAGCUCCAUUAAUCGAGUAGAAACAAUGGCAGACAACACCAAAGUGCCCCUGAUCGUACAUGCAUUCAGCAAUGGAGGCGCAUUUGUCGUGGAAACAAUAGAAAACUUAAUUCAGGAAAACAGUCAGGAUGUAGAACGCACGGUUUCCAAUCCUGGCACUGUGAUUGAAAAGGAUACAAAGCUGCAAGAGAAUACACAAUUGGCCGCCGAUCGCAUUCGACUUGGGGGUCAGGUGUUUGACUCGGCGCCUGCAAUGAUGCACCUUCAGGCUGGUGUUACGGCUAUAGGUCAUGCAAUACCUGGUAGUGCUAUACUGAGAGUCGGUGUGCAAGCGGUGUUCGGCAUUGUUGCUGCACUAGGUGUGGUGUAUGCUAGGGCUACUGGCGCUCCCGGCAGAGGAGUUGUGUUCUGGGACCACAUGCAGCAAAGCAAUUUGGGGUGUAAACAAUACUAUAUAUAUAGUGUGGAUGAUGAACUGACAGAUGCGAAAUACUUAGAUGAGCUGAUAGCAUACCGCAAAGAGAAGGGUGUGGAAAUCACGGCUAUUAGGCUAGAGUCUAGUCCCCACGUGCAACAUUUGAAGUCGCACCCAGAAGUUUAUAAUCAGUUUGUGGACAACAUACUGGAAGAGGCGGGGAUGCAUGCUUCUAGCAAUUGAAAGACUACUAAUUAAAGCUAAUUUAAUUAUUGCAAUUUUCU